AUGAAAAACUUCUACAACCCAUUCAGCAUUUAUUGGACGAGGCAAGCGUCUCAAGCUGUGAAGGCGAAGGAAGACUGCUUCGCAAAACAAUAUCGCGCUAACAAUUACCGUACGCCAUACGUAUUCACGAGGAUUGCUGAAAACGCCGCUCUACGCGUCGCAUUUGAGGAUUUUGAGCAGAGGCUGUUCGCGAAGCGUUACCUGAACGAGGACUACCGCCUCGACCAUUUAAACAUGACUGCGGACCAGCUUUUUUUCGUCUACUAUACACUGAGCUAUUGCAGCGAUAAUUCUCAAGAUAGUACCGACAAGCAAAUAUUUGUUCAAGAUAGAGUAAACGUUCCACUGAUGAAUAUGCAAGAGUUUGCGACCGCAUUCGACUGCGCAGCUGGAAAGCGCAUGAAUCCGUCGACGCGGUGCCUUUUCUGGGAAUGAGAGGCCCCCACUACUGUCAUCUUUCACGACACAACGUGCGACGUGUGAUAUUUUGUGUUGUUAAAGCAUUUACUUCAUUUAUUGCAAUACACCAAUGUAUGCUCUCU